AUGUGCUCCUGUGUGAGGGGAAGGACUACGCCGUACCCGGUGUGCACCCCCAGAGCGGCUGGACGAUGUCAUCACCACCAGCCGGCCGGGGCCAGGCACUGUCCGGGGGGCAGCAAGCAGCUGUGUGGCCGGGGCUGGGUGAGGAGGAGACAGGAGGACGAUGAUGAGGACCCCCACCAGCUGCUACAGGAGCUCCUACUGUCCGGGAACCUCAUCAAAGAGGCCGUCCGAAGGUUACACCUGACCGGGGAGGCCGAUGUCACGGCGGGGGGCUGCAGUGUGGCUGAGCCCAGCGAGACCACCGUGCAAUGA